AAUCUCAAGGAACUGUGGGCUCUCUUUGACUUUGCUUGUCAAGGUUCACUUUUAGGUACAGUCAAAACCUUCCAGAUGGAAUAUGAGAAUCCUAUCACAAAAGCUAGGGCGAAAGACGCCAGUCCUGGAGAGAAAGCUCUGGGACUUAAAAUCUCAGAAAACCUGAUGUCCAUUAUUAAGCCAUAUUUUCUGAGACGGACUAAAGAUGAGAUACAGAAGCAAAAUAAGUCUGAACUUCCAAGUCAUCUUCCUGGAGACCAAAGUAAAGAUGUUGCUCCUACUAUGCCUUCUCUUCCUCAAAAAAAGGACUUUAUUGUAUGGGUGUUCUUAGCACCUGUACAAGAGGAAAUAUAUAGGAAUUUUCUAACUUUGGAUCAUAUCAAGGAGUUGUUGAUAUCUAAAAGGUCCCCCCUGGCUGAACUGAAUAUCCUGAAGAAGCUCUGUGAUCACCCACGGCUCCUGUCAGCUCGCGCAUGCGGUCACCUUGGGCUGGAAGCAUCCAGUUAUAGUGAAAAGGAAGUUGGUGAAAAUGAACCUAGUGAGCUUCCAGACAUGAAGAGAAACAUUGGGCAUAUUUCUGACGAGAGGCUGCUUCAGGAGUCUGGAAAGCUGGGUUUCCUUGUGGCGCUGCUGGAAAGACUGAGAGACGAGGGACAUAGAACCCUGGUGUUUUCCCAGUCACGAAAAAUGUUGGAUGUUAUAGAGCGCAUCUUAACUCACAGGCACUUUAAGCUUAUGCGCAUUGAUGGGACAGUGACCCAUUUGACAGAGCGAGAGAAGAGAAUUGGCGUGUUUCAGAAAGAUCGAGACUACUCUGUCUUUUUGCUUACUACUCAGGUUGGUGGGAUUGGUUUAACCUUGACAGCUGCUAGCCGAGUGGUGAUUUUUGAUCCUAGCUGGAAUCCAGCUACAGAUGCUCAAGCUGUGGACCGAGCUUACAGGAUCGGCCAAAAAGAGAAUGUCAUAAUCUACCGGUUGAUUACCUGUGAGUUAGUGGAAGAGAAGAUCUAUAGAAGACAAGUCUUCAAAGAUUCCUUAAUACGUCAAAGCACAGGAGACAAGAAAAAUCCCUAUCGUUAUUUCACUAUGCAAGAGAUAAGAGAGUUGUUCAUCUUAGAAGACACACGAAGCUCAGCAAUCUCCCCACCGUUUAACCAUAUAUGGAUGGUGGUUUGA